CUCGUCGCGCCACUCACUUCCCGCGCUCGCCUCGAUCAGUUCACACGCACGCAGCUACCUCCGAGUCCUCUCACUCGCACGCACACCGACCCGAGCCUCUCUCUCCCGCCACCUCGCGCGCCGUCAACCGGCAACGUCCAUGGAGGCCUCGCCGUCUCGCAGCGACAGCUUCUCCCGCGCGUGGCUCGGCUGCAGGGCGUCCAUCGAGCGGCUCGACGCCGACGCCGGCCUCGGGUGCUCGUUCAACAGCUCCACGUCCUUCAUCGACAUGGACCCCGCGGAGCUCUUCUCCAUGCGGUGGACGUGCUCCGCCGCAGCGGCGGCGGAGGAUGAUGACGUGGAGGAGGAGGCCGCCGAGUUCGACUUCGGCCAGCUGACACGCGCCGGCGCGCAGUGCUUCUCCCCGAUGCUCGUCGGCGCCGGGCAGCCCCUCCUCGCGUGCGAGCCUGGGGUCGUGUCCUACUCCUACGUCUCGUCGCCCGCUUUCUACUCCGCGCGGAGCACGCCGGCCUCCGCGGCAAGCUCGCGCCGUCGUGGCCGGCACGCGCCGCUGGUUGCUACGCGGAGGAUACUGCUCCGGUACCUGCGCCUCCUGGCGCCGCUGUGCCGGAAGGUGAGGGCGCUGCCGGUGCGGGCGCUCGCCCCGCGGUCGUCGUCGGCGUCCAGGGCUGCCUUCGGCGCCGCGGCGACGACGUCGUCCCCGGCGCGGCAGUCCACGUCCAGCUACGCGAGCGCCACGGAGUACUGGUGCCACGGCCACGCCGACACCGCCGUCAGCGACGCCAUCCUCUACUGCAAGAAAUCCAUCCAGGGACGACAGGAUGCCGUGUAGGCCGUGGCAAAGAUCGGUCGAUCGAUCGAUCGCUGCUCAUCGGGCAUUUUGAUUGGUUUCCGGUGGUGGUAGAUCCGAUAUGCAUGUGGCACUUGAGUGUAUAGCGCAUAUAUACGUUAUGAAGUAAGUACGAUGAACUGUGCUCCAAGGUGGUUUAAUUACCUUGUGAAGCAUUUUGAACAAGCACGUUAACCUUGUGAUGAA